CCUGCGCGUGGAGGAUUUACACCAAUGGUAUGCCGUCCGCAGCGUGACCGAAGAUCAACCAAGAGCAGAACACCCUUAGCACGUGCGUGCAUCUUGCUUUCGCAGAACGUCACGGCUUGGAACUGCACGACUCCGAUUCUCAAAUCACCGAAGGCAUCAGUUUAAUACCUACAGGGCAAAUACGAAAGUGCCACAGACGAUGCCCUUAUGCCACCUCACAUCAUCGAUUGUUGGCAACCGCCUUCCCGCCAUUCGUGGACUCCAUCAACAGCGACGACAUCGGCGCGUCCUCCGACCCCACCCCCAAAACACCGAAGAGGAGACGUCCAUCUGCAGCCAUACUCCGCUGUAAGAUGUGACGACCGUCUAGACUCCACACCUCUUACCACUGUCACGACAACAUUGCUACGACCUCCGAGUCCACCGCCAAAAUACCGAAGAGGAGACGUUCACCUACGGCCAAACUCUAUUGCCAAAUGCGAUGAAAUCCUAGGCUCCACACCCAUAACCAACACUCCAACAAGUACAACCACAACCUCCGGCGAUUCUUCUUUUCGCUCCUCAUAUUACCGACCACGAUCCGUGUACAUUCCCUCGUCCACUUCAACACUCACCACUGCCACCACCGCUACUUCGUCUUCCGGAGGCCGACCAUCUUCCUCUAUCGCCAGUCCCACCGUACCACGUCGCGCCUCCCAGCAUAACCCAGACUAUAAUUACAACAUCGUCUCCGAGGCACUGCGACGUACCUACAGCAAAGCCAAAUCUCACCGACAACAAACUGUACAGGAGAAAUCCUCCGCUAAAAACCGCAACUCGGCGCAUUUCGUCAACUCCUACAGCUCAUUUCCUCGCUACCGUCGAGACAGCAUGGAUAUCAAAGCACAAUACAUGGACGAUAGAUCAUCUUCUCAUCAUCACCUUCCAAGCGACAAGGCUUCUACACUCCUCUACGAUCACGGAAAUUCAGAUGAUGCUGCGCAUGUCUAUGAUGCGGAUCCAAUGGCUCAACGCUCCGCCGCACCAUACAUCGUCGCGAGGAAAUUCUUCAAACAGUAUGAUGUGCGAAGCACGAGUAACAUGUCUGCGAAGAAUUUGGAAAUUUGCCAAAAUGGAGUGCCGAUCUUGCUCGUGAAUACUAAGGUGCCGUUUUGGUGGGGUACGCCAAAGGUUGAGAUUGUCAGGGCGCUUGGGAGGACAGGAGGUGGGAGAGGAGGGCCGGUCGUAGCGGCCGCCAAAGCCAAAUCAGUCGGCAACGCAAUCUACAUCAACAUCGGACAUCCGCCCGAUGCUGUUCCAGUGGAACAAUGGCCGCAGCUUACGUAUUCUUACUGGAAUGACAAGGAAUAUUUCUUUGAAUUCGAAGGGAGGAGAUAUGCUUGGAGAAGGGACGUGUCCGGCUUCGCCGACUAUGUCAAAGACAAUGGUGAUUUCCAAUUCGUCGAUCUCGAGAAUGGCACAGUCUUGGCGGCAUUCAUUAGAUCGAAUAAGAGUUUCAACAGAGAUCUUGGGAAGAUCGAAGUCUUGGUCGAGAUGGAUCAGAAUUUGGAGCUGAUGGCACUGAUUGCGAUCAUGGCAAUUGACGAGCGGAGAAGGAGAGCUUUGCUCGGUGCUUCGGUUGCGGCGGGCGCAGGAGGUGGUGCUGCUGGUUGAGUGAAUAAGAUAGAGGCUGAUGUGGAAGGUCUGUACGAUAAGUGGAGGAGGGUCGGUUGAUGAUGAGAGUUUCGUUUAUGUGCAGUCGCGAGAGUAUAUACCCCAAGGAAGAUUUUGAUAAAGCACGAUUUGGUCCGCCGCAAUUGACGGUCCUCAAUUGCUUCGCAGCAGGCCGUCAAAGUCCUCAAGGUGCCGAUGUCUUGUAAAUCUGAUGUUUGCAGCAUCUGACAUAGCCAUCGCGAGUCGAAUUGUGUCAGCAUUCGCGUGGGAGUUGCUCGAACAUAAUGUUAGGCUGCGCUGCGCUGGCCGGGUUACGUGCCGCUUUGCUUGAUAAGCAGUAAAUCUGCCGGCUUGGUCAUGAUAGUGAUCAACCGCGGAAGGACAGUCUUUUGAAGUUGAAUGGCGUGUCUACGAGCAGCCAAGAGAGGAGAGGAGGUGCAACUCGCUUGACCUGUGGAUUAGUGAUUGACGCCAGCGAAUCGGAAGGGGGCGUGCAGAUGCCGACAACGCUGCUCGCACCUCGUCGCAGUCGCUCCUGCCUCACCCGACCACGCGCCGAUAUGAGUGAAUGGUUUGGGGAGCGCAUAUCGAGAGUGGAAUGCGAACCUCCUCGCGACGAUGCGGAGCACC